AUGAGUAGUAGAAGGAAACCUUAUUGUCUAUUUCUACUUUGCUUAAUAUUCAUAUUUUAUAUAAAUGUACCUACUAUUGAAUCUAAAGCCAACAAGAUAGCAAUCAAUAAUGACAUUGUUGAAAACAACAACAAAAAUGUAGUAGGCCAAAUUGGAAAUAAUAAUAACAACAUAGGUAUUCGUCGUGGUGGUGACAUUGACCCAAAGUCAACCGAUAAGAUGACUAUUGGACCUGUCGAUGGAAGAACAACUCAACUACCAACUACAACAUCUGGAACUUCUGGACAUAAUACAACAACUGUCGAUGGUACUUCAUCGUCGUCACAAACCACCGAUGAUGCGACAAGUGGUGCUGCAACUAGUGGUGCUGCUGCAUCUUCUUCAUCAACACAAACAACUGGUGCAACUGGUGCGACUAGUGGAAGCAGCUCGACAAAUACUGCUACUUCUGCUACUGCUACAGCUACAGCUACUGCUACUACUGGUGGAAGCAGCUCAACCAAUACGGCUACUACUGCUGGUGCAACUAGUGGAGGCUCGACAACAAAUACUACUACUACUGCUACUGGUACUGCUACUGGUACUGGCAAAUCAACUGGUGGGUCUACCAGUGGUGGAAGCAGCUCAACUGCUACCUCUGCUACAGCUACUGCUUCAACAACAGCAACAACAGCACCAUCAACUACAAACUCUACUACAUCAACUUCCAAUUCGACUGAUACCACUACUGGUGGUGCAACUAGUAAUUUAACGACUGGUGCAAGUGAUGCUGGUACGGGAGGUAGUGGUUCUUCUUCGAGUGGAUCAGACUCCAAGACAUCUGGUGAUUCAUCGACUAAAUCAUCAACCUCGUCGGGAUCAUCAACAACUAAUGAUUCGACAACUGGUCCAGCUCCAACAACUACAGCAACUACAACAGCAACUACAACAGCAACAACAACAGCAACUACAGCAACUACUACAGCAACAACAACAGCAACAACAACAGCAACAACAACAGCAACUACAACUGGACCACCACCAACUACAACAACUGACACAAGUGGUUCUUCUGGAUCUGGAUCAUCAUCGACGACAGGUCCAUCAUCGGGUGACACUACAUCAGGACAUUCAUCAUCAUCACAUGAUUCAUCUGAUUCUUCUUCAUCUGGAUCGGGAUCAUCAGGAUCAGGAUCAUCAUCGUCAGGUGGAGAUUGUGAUCUUUGUCCAGCUGGUAGUUUUAGUAACAAUGCAACAGUCAACAAUUGUACACUUAAAUGUGACGAUGGUCACUGUACCAAGGGAUUCCAAUGCCCUUUAUGUCCAGCCGGUACCUAUUCAUCAGAGCCAGGUACUUCGCUCUGUAACUUGUGUCCCGAUGGAACGAUUGCAGCACUCAAUGGACAAACAACUUGUGUCGCUUGCGAUCCAGGUAUGUCCAACAACCAAUAUCACACUGAAUGCAUUACUUGUCCAAUCGGUUACUAUGCCGAGGGAGGUGAUGCUUGCACAUCUUGCCCCGACGGCACAGUGAGUGAUUCAGGAUCAUCGUUUUGCUACGAAUGCAGUCCUGGAACCUACAGUAACCAACCACAGCUCAACUGUAACGCUUGUCCAUCAGGCACAUACAGCAGCAACAGUGGACAGGGUGCCUGUACAGACUGCGGUCAAGGACAUUACAAUGGAAAGAUAGGUCAAACCAGUUUCUCAAGUUGCAUCGUUUGUCCCGAUGGCACCUAUUGUCCAGAACCAUCAAAUUCAGUACCACUCGAUUGUCCAGAAAACUCUUAUUGUCCAUCUGGUGCAUCACAACCAACUUCUUGUAAAGCUUUUUUCUCUUCUUCUUCAAGUUCAAGUUCAUGUACACCAAACAAAUAUCUUUAUAUUUUCGUAUUUGGAGGAACUGGAUUGGUUAUCGUUGCAGUUAUUAUUAUUUUCAAGUAUAAUCAACACAAGAGACAUCAAAAGAAACAACAAGAAUCUGAAGUUGAAAGAUUAAUUCCAAAACCAAUGGAUGGCCCAGAAUAUGGAGGUUUCUAA